AUGGACAACUGCAGUGAUCCUGGAAGUGCUGACAGCGUACAGACAGACACAAGCAGCAAACCAGAUUCUAGUACAACGAACCCAGAUAAUCAAGAUUUGGCAAAAUGUUUGAGAAAAGAUGGCAAUGAAAACUGCCAGUGCUCCAGCUGUAACCAAAAACUGCUGAAGCGUUCUUUGCCAGAGAAAGACGAUGCCAUACAAAAGAAAAAGAAACGCAAAAUGAUUUUGAACCAGAACAAUAAAUGUGAUAGCAAACCUGUGGUGAUUAAACAGGAGAAAAUAGAUGAUGAUGUCAAGAAGUCUUCUUCCAACAUUCCUGGCAAAAAAGGGAAAACCUUUACGUGGACAAAUUAUCUUGAUCAAGAAAAUGCAGUUGGAGCCCCAACAAAAUUGUUCAAGGAGCCUGUGGUGCCAAAUCCCUUCCGUGUUGGAAUGAAGCUUGAGGCAGUAGAUAAAAAGAACACUAGUCUCAUCUGUGUAGCAACAGUAGCUGACGUCCUUGGAGAUCGUUUGCUUGUCCGUUUUGAUGGAUGGGAAGAUACAUAUGAUUAUUGGUGUGACCCAUCAUCUCCUUAUAUCCAUCCAGUUGGAUGGUGCAAAGAGAAUUCAGAAACACUCUCACCUCCUUGUGAAUGGAAAGAUCCAGUGAACUUUAGUUGGGACUGUUAUCUUUCAGAAAAAAAUGCCACUGCAGUUCCUGCCCGUGCAUUUCGACCUCGCCCUCCUGUUGGUUUUGAGUGUGGCAUGAAAGUUGAAGUGGUUGAUAAACGAAAUCCAAUUCUUAUCCGAGUGGCCACCAUUGCUGCAAUUGACAAACAUCGUGUGAAGAUUCACUUUGAUGGUUGGUCAGAAAUCUAUGAUUAUUGGCUAGAUGAUGACAGUCCAGACAUUCACCCACCUGGAUGGUGUCACAGAACUGGACAUUCUCUCCAAGCUCCUAUUGGGCCUGGAGAUUUAGCAUCAGUUCAAGGUCAAGGUGGAUGUCCAACACCUGGUUGCAAAGGUAUUGGUCACAUCAAAGGUGCUAAAUAUGCUGGUCAUCACAGUGCUUCUGGUUGUUCUUACUCUCACUUGAAUAUGAACAAAGAAACAACAUUGCAGGACCGUUUAGGGUCAACUCGGGUGGAAGAAGGAACCAGUACACCUGCAGGACAAAGGCGCAAGUGUCCGACUCCUGGCUGUGACGGACAGGGUCAUGUGACUGGUAAAUACACUGCACACCAUAGACUCUCUGGGUGCCCCCUUGCAGAGAAGAAUAUACAGAAGAUGGCCCAAGCGAAGGUGAACGAGGAGGAGGUAGUGAAGAAAGAGGAGGAGGAGGAGGAGGAUGAUGAUGAGGUGGAGGAGGAGGAGGAGAAGGAAGAUGAACGAAAUAGCCCUGAAGAUCCCCCGACAACAGCAAAACCCGUAUCCCCUGCAGUUACUAGUCAAGGGAAAAAGAAGUAUGUUGCCAAAUAUGUGUCCAUCUAUAUAUUUGCAUACGGUCAGGCUGAUAGCUUUCUUUUGGUCAAUUUCCUGGCCACCAUUUUUGCUGCUGUUGCCGUCGCCGUUGCUGCUUAG